UAGUGGGUAGUGGUAACAGCAGUGGUAGCAGGGCCCUCCCUCUGUCUCUGCAGAUAAAUAUUCCUAGCCUGCCUAUUCCAGGCAUGGAUGACGGUUGCACUCAGACAUGGCACUGCGACAUUACACUCUCGACUUCAGCCUCUCUACGGCAGUUGACUCUGCUUCGACAGUUCCCGGCCUGCUGUCCUUAUUUCAUGAGCAGGAAAUGACAGAGACUGUCCAUGACACAAAUGGGCAUGGAUACCUUGCUACUUUUGUUGGAAAGAAUGGCCGGCUUGUUGUUCUGCGUGUGCACUCCCAUGGGUUGGUCACCAUUGAUCUGCAGUGCUACGAAGAGGACAACAUUGCACAACUAGACAAUCUUUUAAAUGCACUGGAAAAGAAGCUAAAGGUUCUCUUAAAUGGCAAUAUUACAAGGAUCAAAAGGCUCCCAGCCCUCGUACGUGGGGCAAAAGUGGACCGAUACUGGCCAACAGCUGACGGCAGACUGAUUGAGUAUGACAUUGACCGGGUGGUGUAUGAAGAAGAUUCUGCAUACCAAAACAUAAAAAUAUUGCACUCACAGCAGUUUGGAAAUAUCCUAGUGCUCAAUGGAGAUGUUAACCUGGCAGAGAGUGAUUUCGCCUACACCCAAGCCAUCAUAGGUAGCGGAAAAGAGAAUUAUGCUGGAAAAGAGGUGCUGAUAUUAGGAGGAGGUGAUGGAGGCAUCCUCGCUGAGGUGGUCAAACAAAAGCCAAAGAUGAUCACCAUGGUGGAGAUUGACCAGAAGGUGAUCGACGGGUGCAAAACGCACAUGAGAAAAACCUGCGGCAAUAUCCUUGACAACCUGAAGGGAGACUGUUACCAAAUACUAGUUGAGGACUGUGUCCCCGUGCUGAAGAAGUAUGUUCAGGAAGGACGGAUGUUUGAUUACGUAAUUAAUGACCUCACUGCAGUCCCAAUAUCCACGGAGCCAGAAGAAGACUCGACAUGGGAGUUCCUGCGUCUGAUCUUAGAUCUGUCAAUAAAAGUCCUACACCCCACUGGGAAAUAUUUCACACAGGGUAACAGUGUGAAUCUGACAGAGGCACUGAGUCUGUAUGAAGAACAGCUGGGAAAGCUCUCAUGUCCCGUGGACUUCUCCAAAGAAGUGGUGUGUGUGCCCUCCUACCUGGAGCUAUGGGUUUUCUACACCAUAUGGAAAAAGUAAAGACCUCCGGUUUUCUCUGCUUGAAUCCCCAGCAGCUGGAAUGUGAAUGCUCUACUUCUUCUGCUUCUGCUGUAGCCUUAAGACUGUGCUCAGACUGAACGUGACAUGAAAAUUACAGGCAGCACAAAGUUUGGAUGAAUGCAUUGUUAUGUGGAAUUCCUGCAUUGUCAAAUAAUAAUUUACACACAGCAGUCUAUUUCUUUUUUCAGUGACCUAUAACAGCGACUACAUGUAUAUUGUAAUAUUGGUAUUUCUUUGAUAAUCGACUACAAACCACUCCAGCAGUCAAGUUGGUGUGAAUAAAUCGAAAUUCACUUUGCCUUCAGUCUGAACACUUCUUAAGGGGUACAACGACAAUGUUUUAUCAUCCCCAACCUAUUGUCCCCAUUCUACCCCAAGCUUCCUUCUCUUUCCUCCUUUUUUUUUUCUUUGUGUUUCACCAUUGUUUACUACAACUUAUGAGUUGUAUUUCAUUUGUGUUACUUGAUUUGGAAUGUCCAUUUGCAUGUACUCUGAAGGAGCUGUUAGAUGUUUAAACACUGAUUUGAUACACUGAGGAUGUGGUGUAACUCAUCUUACAAGUGUGUCUUCUCGCUUAUUUUCUUUAGGUUUUUUUUUUUCUUUUUUGCUUUUCACUUGAGUUACGAGCUCAAAUCGUGUGAUAGGUUCAGCCCAGCUGAAGUGAGUCACGUUCAGGCUCUAUUUUUGUUACUGCCGCUCAAAUGUGAUUUGAUUCUUUCAGGUUGUAUCAAGGCAAUGUGAUCAUGCCCAGGGAGACUGAAGUGUUGAAGUCCAAAUGUGUUUUAAAAGGGAAACAAUUCCACCACUUUAAUGCCACCUCUGUGCUUGUGCUGUUUUUAUGUCAUGUUUUAUUAGCACCUUGGUUUCUCCUGAUAUAUUUAAAGUUUUUUACGACUGUAUUAGGUGCAUGUAAAGGACGGUGAAUGUAGCUUGCAUAUACAGUACACAGCACGUUUACACGUGAUCAACCCUGUGGGACUCAGUUACAUUUAUUUAUUCAAUAUAAGUUCACCAAAUGCUGUUCUGUCCCACUUGAGAUCAUUUUUGUGACCAUCUGCAAUUAAAAUGUUUUGGGGGA